UUCGCCCCGCCCCUGAGGUCUGUUACUCUAGUAGCCAUAUCCAAACAAGCCCUUGCCAUCAUGAGACUGCUCUGCCUGGUCUGUGUCCUGUUCUUACAGUGGAGAUCCACAUUUGCAUACCUGUGUUCCGCCUCGGAGUGCGUGGCGGAAGCAACGUGUGAGUCAGGCGUUUGCAUAUGUCCCGAGAGCCUCCCUAAUGGCGAUGGAAGGUUUUACUGCUAUGAAAAGGCUGACAGACUGGUUGGUAUUGAGUAUGGCGACCCGCUGGUGCAUAGUCUGAUUCCCGACGAGAACUACCGUUUCCCCACCCCAUGUGGACACAGGGUGCUGACCGGGGACAUUCCCGGGGACUGCUACAUAUCAGUGUACGCCAAUGGCCCCGACCUGGACACCGUCAAGAGGAUCUCGCGCACCUUCAUCAACGGGAUAGAAGUCAUCAUGAAGAAGGGCAGCAACGAAACCCGCAUGCUUGUGAACGACGAAGUGGAGUUUCGGAAGAACGACCUCCCCGUGACCUACAAGACGGAGUCUGGUUUGGUCGACAUACAAAUCCCGGAGUGUUCCACGGUGAUCAAGUACCAUUCCGCCAACCCAUCCCUCGUAAUCGACAUCCCAAAGUCGAAAAAUCUCUACAAGGGUUCCAUGCUGCCGACAUCUGACCCCGCGAUGACCUUGACACAGCAAGCCGAGAGGUACAACUUGACGGUCAAGCAGGACACCCUGGUGAUGUCCAUUAUGAAUAUCAACUCUAAAUACAGUGAAUGUCAGCAGCUUCACGACGACUUCACUUCUUACUGCCAGGAUGUCUCGGAUGAAGACAUUGCCACCUUAAUCUGCGGCCAGUACGUCUUCACCGACGUCGGAGAAGACUGCCUUGCACGCGACCUAACGGCCCGCGAACUCAUCAGCACCAUGACCGACUGCUUCCUCGACGUCUGUCUGCACAAGAAGACACCGUGUGAGGUCAUCACCAAACAUUUCUACUCAUGCAAGGCACCACUCAGUGCUGAGUUGGCGAGUUUCAAAUGUACGUGGUAGAAACCACACCAUUCAACACUUCCCCCUACCUGUGUUGUUUAAUAAAGGGCGUUGAUACGA